AUGACCGUCGACGUAUUAGUGGCCCGCUCGGGAGAGCUGGACUUGGCAAGUAAUACUUCCGACACAACCAUCAAUGCGACGGUAGUAAAAGAUGAGACCAUUAUUACUCGACCACCACCAACACUAACGCGCUCCUGGUCCUUACCCAACGCUUCCACAAGGAGGACUGAUAGCCCCGCGCCACCGGUACUAACACGCGCCUCCUCUUUGCCUGUCAAACCUGUAGAACCAGCUACGGACAUCGACUCUGACAGCUCGUCUGUCUGGACUUGGGCUUGGAGCGAUGAGAUGCAAGGACCGGCCACCAGCAAGCGCUGUGGCACGCGAUGGAUUGCGCGUUUGCUUCCCUUUUUUAUGCUGAUGCUUGUUGGCUAUGCAACAUAUGAUGUUGUGGUUUAUUGCUGCGUCGAGUACUUCAUUCAAGAGACUAGAAAGACAGCAACCGCCAUCGUCCUCAUUGUCUUCUAUACCAUUUUCUUCAUCCUCAUGGUUGCCGCCUACAUCCGGUGCUACGUAACCAUUCAAUUCAACACUGGCUUCGUGCCCUGGACUGCUGCGAGGGAAGCUGCCGAAUCAGAACGAAACGAGCGAUCAACAAACGGCGGCGACGUCGAAUCACUACAAUGGAGUCCUGCGGAUACGAACCCUGAUAGCCCUGGACUCGAAGCCUUCUACAGCAAGGAUGCAUUCAUAUGCGAGAGUGAUGGGUUGCCCAAAUGGUGUUCCGAGUGUAGGAGUUGGAAACCUGACCGGGCCCAUCAUUCGAGCGAGUACGGCCGAUGUGUCUACAAAAUGGACCACGUAUGCCCUUGGAUGGGAGGCAUCAUCUCGGAAACUUCAUUCAACUUUUUUAUCCAAUUCACAUUCUAUUGCGCAUGCUACUGCGUUCUAAUCGUAGCUACUAACGCUUAUGUCGUGACACUCCGCCGCAACGCUGGCCAGGGUGUGGAAAGUCGGGUUGUUGUCGGGUUGGCACUCGGUUCUUUGUUCGGCUUGUUCUCUAUCGCUAUGACUGCCACAGCCUUGCGGUUUGUCUUUCAGAAUAUCACCAAUGUCGACCUGUUCAGGAAGAACCAGACGUUUCGAUUGGCGGUCCGAGUUCCCACCGGUACACGAUCAACAGACCAAUUCACUACAAUUACCUACCCACUUUCCCCCCCUGGGGACGACUCCAGGGCUCCGGGAACAGCACACUCCAACGGUGUGGAUCAAUCUGAUGGCGCUGGCUCUAUUGCAACAAAUAGAAUGGCGGCUAGGGACCAACGAGCCAAACGUACAUUCGCCAUUCUGCAGACGCAAUCUGGCGAGAACCCUUGGCAUGUUGGAUAUCGAAACAACUUCAAGAGUGUCAUGGGAGAAACCAUUUUUGAGUGGUUUCUGCCUCUGCGACAUUCCCCAUGCACCCGUCACGAUAGCAUGGUAAGCGACUACGAGUUUGGGCCUCUGGUGGAGGAACUGAAGAGGCGGUACGGACUUGCUGAGGGGGACGCCGAGAAGGGUGCGAAUGAGACAACGUCGAGUUAG